GUUACGGAUCGCGCUUCUCUUCUGGUGAAAUCAUGUCUGUCAGUGAACCUUCCCGCGCUCAGAUGGCAUCGGAAGUGCCUGAGAUUCUGGUAGAUCCCAAGACAUUAAGGUCCUACGGCAGGGAUGAGCUUUUGGGACAGGGCGCUUGUGGCAAAUGCUAUAAGAUGACCGAUCUUGAAACUGGCGACACCUAUGCUGUUAAGGUCAUCCGGCUAUAUUCCUGGGGAGUGGAGGAGGUCUGUGAAGAAGUACAGAUUUUAAAAACACUGCGGCACAAGAAUGUGGUGGGGUUCUCCCACUCUUUCGAAGAUGACAAAUUCAUGUAUAUUUUCAUGGAGUUGUGCAGUGGGCAGACACUCGGUGACAUUUUAAAAGCUCGGGGGACUUUGACUGAGCCCGAAGUGCGAUACUACAUUAACCAGCUGAUUUCAGGGUUAACAUACAUCCACCGGCAAGGUUACGUCCACAGGGACAUCAAGUUGGAAAAUUUAUUUAUCAAUGACCAAAUGGAACUGAAAAUUGGGGAUUUCGGACUGGCGGUCAAGCUGAAGCCGAGGGAGAAAGAAGUGUGUGGUACUCCCGUCUACAUGGCUCCAGAAGUGUGGAAACGAGAGGGCCAUGGAAGGGAAGCGGACGUCUGGGCACUGGGCUGUGUCAUGUACCAGCUUCUGGUUGGGGAAAUCGCAUUCUACGCUGACGAUUACUGGGAGAUGCUCAAGAAUAUAAAGGAAGCCAAAUUUAUUCUACCGCAGAAUCUCUCUAUUGAAGCUGGGAAACUGAUGGGCAAGAUAUUUAGAAUCGACCCACGGGAUCGCCCGUCACUAUCGAAUGUCCGUCGCCACAAGUUCUUCACAAAGGGCUUCACUCCAAAGACACUGCCAGCUAGUAGCUGCAAUACACCACCAAAGCAUAAAUCAGUCAACCCAUUCAAAAAGAUUUUCAACCGUUUCAUGCGCCUGAUACGAAAAAAGCGAUCCAGAGUUGAGCCUUUACGGGAGGAUGCCGAGCAGAGUGGACUUGAGAUCCCCCAGCCUGUGGAGUCACUCCGUGUUCUAGAGGAUGUCAACAGACCAAUGAACAAAUUGACCUGGUCCAGUUGGUCAAAGUGGUUGAGGGACCUGUAGGCAGGCUGUACUCAGCAAGUGCAGUGACGCCCCACACCUGAGUGCCUCCCCCAGCUCCCUGUCCACUCCUGUUUCAAUAAAGUUCUUUUGUGUUUCAAGCA